UUUCUCUCUUAAUUUCUUUUCUUUUCUUUCUCUCCAAACAUGAAUUCUCUAAAACCAUAUGUUUUAUUUUUAUUCUUAAUCUUUAUACCCUUCCUUGCUAAUAAUUUUGUUGUUUUUGUUAACUCCGUAACUUCUUCUUCGUCGUCGGAUAAUGAAUACACCACUUUUUUCGACGCCAUAACUUCCAUAAAUUCAAAGGCUUCUUCAAUGUCCGAUAAGAACCAAAGUUCGUCGUCUGCUUCACGUGCUUCUUCCAGCAGCUGCGAGGUAUGGGAAGUGAACUGCUCCAAGGCGGUGUUGGGACUGGCCCUGAAGCGCGAGAACGUAGAGUGGAUUAAAGUGUUGAGAAGGAAGAUACAUGAGAACCCUGAGCUUGCUUUUGAAGAGUAUGAAACGAGUAAGCUGAUUCGAGCCGAGUUAGAUCGGAUGGAGAUUGAAUAUAGGUACCCUUUGGCGAAAACGGGUAUUCGGGCUUGGAUUGGAACCGGUGGCCCGCCCUUUGUUGCCAUCCGAGCUGACAUGGAUGCUCUUCCUAUACAGGAAGCUGUAGAAUGGGAGCAUAAAAGCAAAGUUCCCGGGAAAAUGCAUGCUUGUGGGCACGAUGCACAUGUUGCAAUGCUCGUUGGUGCUGCCAAAAUAUUGAAGAAUAGAGAACACCUUUUGAAGGGAACUGUUGUACUGCUCUUUCAGCCGGCUGAGGAAGCAGGAAAUGGUGCUAAGGGGAUGAUUAGAGAUGGGGCCCUGGAAAAUGUAGAGGCCAUUUUUGCUGUCCAUGUCUCUCAUGAACACCCCACGGCUAUAAUUGGCUCAAGGCCUGGUCCUCUGCUUGCCGGGUGCGGCUUCUUUAGAGCUGUGAUCAGUGGAAAAAAAGGCCUCGCUGCGAACCCUCACCACUCAGUUGACCCCAUAUUGGCUGCUUCAUCUGCUAUAAUUAGCCUACAAGGAAUUGUUUCUCGCGAAUCAAAUCCAUUGGACUCCCAGGUCGUAUCUGUAACUUCAUUCAAUGGAGGCAGUGAUCUUGAUAUGAUCCCUGACACGGUGGUAAUUGGAGGUACCUUCAGGGCUUUCUCCAAUUCCAGCUUCUACAACCUCCUUCAAAGAAUCGAAGAGGUAAUCGUGGAGCAAGCCAGUGUUUUUAGAUGCUCGGCAAUGGUUGACUUCUUUGAAAAAGAGUACACAAUCUAUCCCCCAACUGUGAAUGAUGACAGAAUGUAUGAGCAUGUAAAGAAGGUGGCUACUGAUUUGCUCGGACCACCAAAUUUCAGGGUGGUCCCUCCAAUGAUGGGUGCCGAGGACUUCUCCUUUUAUUCAGAGGCGGUUCCGGCAGCCUUCUACUACAUUGGCGUGAGGAAUGAGACCUUCGGGUCUACACACACAGUUCACUCGCCAUAUUUUAUGAUCGAUGAAGAUGUUCUUCCUUUUGGUGCUUCAGUUCAUGCCACUAUUGCAGAAAGAUACCUCAUUGAGCAUGUUUAAAGAGAAGAGGCUACCUCUCGUAUA